AUGGGUCAGAAUGCCCCGCGCAAAAAGGCUAACGUGUGGCUGAUCCUAGGCCGUUAUGUGCAGCUAACGGUGCCUCUAGAGAGCCUAAUCGACCAACUGAUAGGAAAAAUAAGUGGUGGUUUUCAUCAAGGGUUCGAGGGGGGCCCUACAAACCUCGUCAUGGGUGAGAAUGCCCCUCGCAGAAAGGCCGACUUGUGGCUAACCCUCGGCCGUCAUGUGCAGCUAACGGUGCCUCUAGAGAGCCUAAUCGAUCAACUGAAAGGAAAAAUAAAGUGGUGGUUUUCAUCAAGGGUUCGAGGGGGGACCCACAGUAUGGGUUUUUUUGCAGAGUGGUGGCCAUCCUCGAGAGCGAAAGGGGUGGACUACGAGUCUGUGGAUGUGUUGGACGACUAA